GAUCCGUCACGUGUAUCCUGACCAAAUAAAUUUGACUCCAUCCUCGAAGUCACUGUAAAUGUCGUUCUUUGGCGGCUCGAACGCGGCAACUGCAACAGCCUCGGCCUCAAAUACUGAUGCGAAGGAUAUAGAUGUGCCAAACCCCCCGGAUGACUCCAUCUCACGCGUAGCGUUUUGUCCAACGGCGGAUGUGUUAUCAGUGUCUAGCUGGAAUGGGGAGGUCCGUUUAUAUGACAUAUCACCAUCGAAUGGCCAAUCCGCUCCAAAAGCCAUGUACAAGCACGACGGGCCUGUCCUUGAUCUUUGCUGGUCAAAAGAUGGCUCCAAACUGUUCAGUGGAAGCGCAGACAAGUCUGCAAAAGCGUUCGACAUGACCACGGGCCAGGGCAGCCAAGUCGCAGCACACGACGCUCCCGUAAGCGCCCUCAGAUGGGUGGAGGCGCCUACGGGUGGCGUUCUUGCGACCGCUAGCUAUGACAAAUCCUUGCGCUAUUGGGAUCUGAAAAGCCCCACUCCUGUUUCUACGGUUGCUCUCCCAGAGCGAUGUUACUCCAUGGAUGUUGUAUAUCCAUUAAUGGUGAUAGGCACGGCGGAGAAGCAUAUCUGCGUCAUCAAUUUAACCAAUCCGACCACUAUUUUCAAGACCAUGACGUCGCCUCUGAAAUGGCAGACCCGUGUCGUAUCCUGUUUCCCAAGCGGCAAUGGAUUUGCCAUUGGUUCUAUCGAGGGACGUGUCGCGAUACAAUACGUGGAGGAUAAAGAUACAACGCUUAACUUCUCGUUUCGCUGUCAUCGUAAAGAUUUAAGCCCAACACAAAAAGACACCUCUCUUGUCUACGCUAUCAAUGCUAUCACCUUUCAUCCUCAGCACGGGACAUUUGCGACUAGUGGUGGUGAUGGUACGACCUCGUUCUGGGACAAAGACAGUAAAACACGAUUAAAAACCUUCGAUCCUGCCAGCGGUCCCGUUGUGAGUAACACUAUCUCGACCCUUUACUUCGACCUCAGUGAUUUCUUGCUUCAGGUUUCUUCCUCUUUUGAUCGCUCAGGAACCAUUUUUGCUUAUGCCGUCGCCUACGAUUGGUACAAGGGCUACAGUGGUAUGGUUGCAAACCAUCCCAACCAGAUCUUUCUACACGCUUGUAAGGAUGAGGAGAUCAAGAAACGACCAAAGAAGUAAAUUUAGUUUUCAUGCCGCACGUGGAAUUAUACCGGCAAUUGCCCUUCUACUCCCGCAUUGUUUGAUUAUCAUUUGACGUCACAGCCCUUACAUUACCUGCACAGCAGUGUCACUCCCUCCCGUAAUUACGUUUUUUGUCCCACUUUUUGCUUACGUGUUUGUAUUUCCUUUCUGAGUUGCAUG